UGCUACUGUAUUUUUCAGCACGCGCACGCUAAUGCAUAAAUUUGUAAGUUUAGUUUGUGAUAAAGCAAACAUCACGGUUUAAACGUCACGUAACUUCUCUGGCUUCAUUUAUUUUCAUUUUUUGUUAUUUGUGUUUGAGGAUUGGGAUUUUUGGAUUUUUAAGCUUUCGUGAUUCUGGAAAGAUCCGAGAAUUGUCUACAAGUGGAACAUUUCAUUAUUCUACUCGCUAGUUGAUUGGCUGGGAAGUCACACCAAAAAGAAUAUAAUUUCAAGUCUUUGGAAAACUCAUAACAGAACUUAUAACUCAUAAAAUAGACCGCGGUAAAGAAAGCGAUUUGCUUUCGCCUUACACUUAAUUCACUGUUGUUUGCUAGCGACGAUUUCACGUCAAGAAGGAAUGAUGGUUUCAGGCUUGCUUCAUCUCUGCGUCUUCGCCGUUGGAAUCAUACUCAACUUAUUCCUCCUUGCUCGAUGUUUUUGUAAACGUUGGUCCUCAGUCCCCAGUCCUAUGAUGUAUCUCAUUGCCGUCCAGGGAAUAUUUUCAGUCAUAUGCAUCUUCUUAAACUUUUUCAUUAUUCUUACUACAAUGACACGAUUCGGAAGUGCUCUUUCGUGUAGCGUGUUACCGACCCUCAUCGUCGUACUUGUCUCAAUGGCCGUGUUCAACUUCACUGCUCUCGUGAUCGUCAAACACCUUGAAGUUGUGCAUGGCAGGAAAAUUACUAAAAAGGCUGUGGUACUCUCGCUUCUCGGAGUUAUUGCCUGCACAACCACGAUUUUAUCGCCGGCACUUGUUUAUCCAAUUGACUCAGGUGUUCCCAUCUUUGUGUGCGAGGGUUGUCUUUGCAACGAAGGUUUAUUGCCACGAGAAAUCGACACAUUCCUCAUUAAUGUCACGUCAUAUGCCCCGUGGUUUCUUUUACUACAGUUCAUUAUUCCGGCCGCAAUCCUGGUCAACCGACUGAUAAUGAUUCUGAUCGACAACGUUCGCAAAGAGGUGGCCGCAAAACCGUUGAUCAUAUCUCAUCGCUACUGUUAUUCGACCGAUGCAGUUGUCCACACCAUCACUAUUGUCUCUGUCGUAUUUACUUCAUUUGCCAUCUUUUCGAAACAGAAUGUAAAGGAUCCUAUGGAAUCACUAAAUAGCCUGUUUCAUGUGAUGGAACUGUUUUCUGUCGUUGUUUUAUGUUUCCCCGUUUACCUGUUCGAUCUUCUUGAACUGGAAUACGAGGACGCCAUUGGUCUCUAUUCUGGAAUGACGGACGACAAAUCGCUUCUAAUUGUUGACGCAGAAAACAGCUACAAUGGCGACGAAACCCUUCUUAAGAUCUAAAGAGAAAAUUUGCAAAAAAGACCAAUGACUAAUAAUCGGGAGCAUAGCUUAAGAUGAAUAGAUGUUUGUUGUACAGACCUAUCGAAGCGUGAUACAGUUUGCAAAACAAAUACACAUAAAAUAUGCAAAACAGACACGAAUCACGAAAACACUCUCACCACCCUGUUCCAA